AUAAUUGUGUCUCAGAGGAAAGAUGGGAUACAGUAUCUAACAUCAUAAGAAGCUCACCACGUCUGAAUCUUGUGCCAGCUGAGACUAUGGGGAUUCGGUCUGCCGAUGUGGAUGUGAUCCUUCGCGAGCUGGGGGCUUACGGUCCCUACCAGAUAUGUCAGUACGCAUACUCCCUACUCCUGAUGCUUCCGGUCUCGUAUCCGGCCCUAAUCUACGUCUUUAUAGGAUAUCCUCCAAAUUUCCAGUGUAAGAAUUUUACUGCGCCCUCUAAUGCAUCGGUGCUAAUGGAACCACAGACUUGUGACGUCACCUACAUAACCACGUCAUUGAAUAAAUCGGUGUCUACAGAUACCCCCUGUCCAAGUGGAUACAAAUACGAAGGUCCACAAACUGCAGUAACGGAGUGGGACCUGAUAUGUGACAGAGAAAGUCUGGGACAGAUGUCGACUGCUGUGGUCAUGGUGGGACAAAUGCUGGGAGCCACCAUCUUUUCUGUUAUUGUAGAUAAAAAUGGCAGACAUGGAGUCACGUGCUUCUGUUUCAUAGCUCUGACCGUCUGCUCUCUUGGCCUUGCCUUCAACACCUUUUUUGCACUGUUUGUUAUUCUAAGAUUUCUUAUUGGUGCAUUUCAACAGGGGGUCCAAAUGGCGCAAGGUUCGCUUAUUAUAGAAAUGUUUCCGGCGGAAUUCAGAGCUACCACCACCCUAAUAGGUGCUUUAAUGUGGGCGGUGAGUGUGGCGUCCCUCUCUCUCUUCGGCUACCUCCUAAGAGACCAAUCUUGGAGAUACUUGCAGCUUCUUGUAGGUCUCAUCGGCAUCCAUUGUAUUGGAACGCAUUGGUUACAACACGAAUCUUUACGGUGGUUGGUGGCGAAUGGCAAAGAUGAAGAGGUAAAAGUUUGGAUACGUAGAGCAGCAAAAUGGAAUAAAAAGGACCCAGAAAAGAUUUUGAAACGGUUGUACACGCCAUCAAAGGAAGAAGUAGAGAUACUGCUUGCGAAUUCAGAUCAUCAAAUAGCAGACAAUGAAGAUGAUCCGAUGAAAGAAAAAUACAAUAUCCUCGACAUUGUACGAAAAAGAAGAGUUUUAUUCUUAUCUUUUAUCCUGUGGACUGCUUGGUUUGUCGUCAGUCUGUCUUAUUACGCCCUGUACCUGAUGUCCAGUAGUUUAUCAGGAAACAGAUUUCUGAAUUUCUUUCUAAAUGCGUUGGCAGAAACUCCAAGUCAGUUCGUUCUUUGGUAUCUUGUCGGAAAGAUAGGAAGAAGAUAUACAUCCAUUGGCUUUUUCGCUCUCUCAGGAUUCUUUCUCAUUGCAUCUGCACUUAUUUUGAAAUAUACAGUCAACCUUAUUGUCCUUUCGAUGAUAUUUAGCCUGGUAGGAAUGUUUGGAAUUGCUGGUGCUUUUUCCUGUCUGUUUCUCAUCACGCCAGAGUUGUAUCCUACCAACCUACGAAGCACAGGCCUUGGUCUGUCGUCCACAGCUGGUCGGAUUGGGUCCAUUUUAUCGCCAUUUGCCUCCUCUUUCGCUCUACACGUGCCUUGGGGACCAGGGUUAACAUUUGGAACUUUGUGCUUGAUUGUUGCGUUCCUUUUCUUGUGGUUACCGGAAACGAAAGGCAAAUUGUUACCUACAACCGUUAAUGAUUUGGACAACCCACCAAAGUCUGUCUAAUCAACAACUGUUAAAUCACUUAUGUUUCACUUCAUACAGACAUUAUACUGUGUGUAUACCGCUAAGGGCAUCAUUGAUGAAUCUUUAUCAAUAUAGACAUACAGCUUGAAAAAAAAUUUGAAAUUGAAAAAAAAUGUUGAAAAAUGACCCUGAACCUGAAGAAUAGUACGUGUAUCAUAA